GCGGGGAGGGCGCGUGGGCGCCUUGGUGGCGAGUCGUCGGUGGCGGCGGCGGCGGCCACACUGGCGGUCCUGCCCCUGUCCUCGCGGCGCUCGCGCUCUUCGGCCCCGGCCGGGCCCCUCCUCGCCCAGCCAUGCCGCCGCCCGCGCCGCCCACCGAGCUGGUGCCGUCGGAACGCGCGGUGGUGCUGCUGUCGUGCGUGCUCUCCGCACUCGGCUCGGGCUUGCUGGUGGCCACGCACGCCCUGUGGCCGGACCUGCGCAGCCGAGCGCGGCGCCUGCUGCUCUUCCUGUCGCUGGCCGACCUGCUGUCGGCCGCCUCCUACUUCUACGGGGUGCUGAAGGACUUCUCGGGCUCCUCGUGGGACUGCGUGCUGCAGGGCGCUCUCUCCACCUUCGCCAACACCAGCUCCUUCUUCUGGACCGUGGCCAUCGCCCUCUACCUGUACCUCAGCAUCGUUCGCGCCACGCGCGGACUCCGGGCCGGACGCCUGCUCUGGGCCUUCCACAUCGUCAGCUGGGGCGUUCCACUGACCAUCACCGUGGUGGCCGUCGUUCUAAAGAAGAUCGGCUAUGACGCCUCAGACGUGUCCGUGGGCUGGUGCUGGAUCGAUCUGGAGGCGGAGGACCGCGUUCUGUGGAUGCUACUGACCGGGAAGCUGUGGGAGAUGCUGGCCUAUGUCACACUGCCCGUGCUGUACCUCCUCAUCCGGAAGCACAUCAACAGGGCGCACGAGGCGCUCUCCGAGUACCGGCCCAUCCUGUCUGAGGCACACCGGCUGCAGCACCACAGCUCCAUGGCUGAUAAGAAGCUGGUCCUCAUCCCGGUCAUCUUCAUUUGCCUCCGGGUCUGGAGCACCGUGCGAUUCGUCCUUACCCUUUGUGGCUCCCCGGCCGUGCAGACCCCGGUGCUGGUCGUUCUGCAUGGAAUCGGGAACACGUUUCAGGGAGGCGCCAACUGCAUCAUGUUCGUCCUCUGCACCCGCGCUGUCCGGACUCGGCUCUUCUCUCUCUGCUGCUGCGGCUGCCCCUCGCCGGCUCCUGUGGAGAGCGCUGCUGGCCCGCCCAAGGCUCCUGCGCCCUCUGAGACGGGAAACUCAGGGACCCCGGUGGACCCCCGAUGAGCAUCCAUAUACCUGAGCUCUUCCCUCCCUUGUUCUGUGUGGGGGUGCUCCCUCCCCGGGGGGUACAGGUGUCUCCGAGUCGUCCUGCUGCAGGGAGUGGACGGAGGCGUCUGCCACACCGGAAGCCCUCCUGCUGCCCACAGUCUGAGCCGAAAGGCCGAGAAGGGACAGAGGCCUGCCUCCUGCCACGGGAGUUCUCGGCCCUGUUUGGGGGGCAGCCGACAACUCAGCUUCUUCUACCUCCUAGACCUCAGGCGGCAUGUAUCCACACACACCCGUGUCCCGCUGCACCCGGGGGUCUCUGUGCAUAAGCACUGGAGCAGGGAGAUUCAGGGAAGCCAGCAGUACGCGAUCGCCACCAGGUUGCCUUAUGGCCCAGCUGUCAUUGGCUUCUGGGCCACACAGCACUGUUUACAGUCUGAGCUCCCGCACCCGUGGGCAAAGCAGGGUGAGGGAUGCACACCAGGUACCCAUCCUAAAUAAAACGUCAGGGGUCUCAUGAUGGGGCCCCCACCCUAGAUGUCGUGGAGCAGAUUUCCGGAGUGUCAUGGUGUUAACAUUCCCUAGAGAGUGUGGCCCUUCUUGGCGGGCUUUGUAGUCGACGAGCAGUCACCUUGAACCAGGUUCCCUUGAGGUUUCCUGGUGAAAGUCGUGAGCACAGUCCAACGCAGCUGCUCGGAUAUGCAGUCUCCUCGGCGCUGGCCCAGCUCGCUCUGGGGGUUGCCAGGCUUGGGUGUAGGGUGCACUUGAGUCUCAAGCACAGGCCGGAACCCAGAGCCCCGCCUCCACAGCCACUUCAGAUCCAGGGCCCCUCAUCCCGGGCAGGGGCUGGGACAGGAACAGGGAAGGCCACUGCGGGGGCUCCCUGGAGAUCCCCCAUCUUCUCGCAGGACUAUGCGUGUGGGCGCCGGCACGGGGUGCAUUGGGGCUGCGUCUGGCCUUUUCAUGUCCUAGUUUAGUUUUUAUAGGAAAGGUGACCAGAUUAUUCGUGAACAGCCCAGAUACUGAUUCCUCCCCGAAGGUGAAGGUUUGGGAGUUGGUUGGGGGAAGUGACACAUGGGUCACAGGGUGAUUAUUUCCAUUUAAUAGAAAAAGGAUUUAAAAUAAGCACCUGUCUCUACCCUGUGCAUCUUCAACCAACCCUUUCCUCUAUUUCAGAAAGCUUUCUCUGUGAAGUCACAGAAGCCAUCGGCUAGGAACCGGAGGUGCAAAUGUCACCACCAGAGCCUUGCGUGGGAAGUGCAGCCUCCCUGCUAGGUGUCCCUCCCUUGGGCUCCCUGAGAACCCGCAAAAUUGAAAUAAUUUGCGGAACCUAUAGAAUGGUUCUGGAUUAAAACCAAAGGCACACCGUCCUGUGGAUUCCUGUUUUACUCUCAAAAGUGAAUCUGCAACAGGAAGAGAAUCUGAAAGGAAUUGCCUGCAGAAUUUGGUCCACAAUGAUUGUUUUGGUUUCCUUUAAAAAAGUUUAUGAAAAUCAGCAAGAGGUAAACUUCCCCUUAGGAUUCAGAGAAAACCCGGGGUUGCGCCACAGCCAGCCAGUCAGUCUGGCAAGCUCCUUACAGAAACGGCCCCUGUGAGGGGGGUUCAGGGUUUCCCCAAAGAUGUAACAGCAGGUCGCGGGCACAUACCUGGUCAAGACCCUCAUGUUAGCUUCUCGAAUGCAGCAGAAACUCAGGAAGCUGCUCGCUGCAGAGAAGAAAACGAUUCACAGCUGAGGUUCCCUGUGGGCGGCAGAGAAUGCUGCCAGAGUCCUUGGCUCACACUGCCCCGGGGGCCAGGCCGCCGUCAGGAACGGCCAGCAGGGGGAGCCAGGGCUCGAGUUCUUACUCCACUUCUCUGACGCUGCUGCUGUGCUGUCUGCUUUUGUAGAAACUCCACACAGUUACACCUGGGUAUUUCCGUCUCGGCUCCCUCCGCUGCCCACGCCGCCUCUGCAGCUGGUGAAGCUGUUGCUGCGGGCGGGGGAGAGGAUCGCCAGGUGCGCGCCUGAGGCCGGAGGCCAGGCUGGGGCACGGCAUCGCUCUCAGAGCCGCCCAGCUGGGCGGGUGGGCAGAAAGGCCCCGGGCGGAGGGUCAGCCCUUGUGGAGCAGGCAGGUGCUCCGAGCCUGCGGACACCAGAGCGUGCCCCGUUUACUUUCUCCUCCGUCCCUGUCGUUACUGUUUACCCACCCUCAACCCUCCGUCACAGAGGUGCAGCCUCAACUGGGACAGGUGCUGUGGUCUCCGGCGCUCCUGAACCUUGGUCUUUUAACCUGGUUUACCCGGGACUCUGUGCCUCUUUGUGCUUCGGAGUUGUUUUUAUUUGUUUUGUUAAUAUUGUUAGACUCAGGCCAAGGGUACACAGGUCCCCAUAUGUCCAGGACAAGAAAACACAUUUUUGCAAACUUCCUGUUACAGCAUAUUAACAUAGCUUGAGGGGUUUUUUGCACAUGCAGAACUGUAAGGAAAACCCUGACCAUCUAGGUUGAGGUCAAAGUCCUGCUAUUU